UGUUGGUUGUCAGAAUCUCCUUACUUGGUCCCUAGCCGACCAUAUGUGUCAUGAGUUAGAAUUGCUGGCAACCUUGAGCAGGGGCGGAGGGGGGGGGGGUUGGCGAAAGGCUGGAUCACAGCUGCAUGCUCAGUGCUGGUGUGUUACACUUUAUUCAUCAACUACUACAGUGAUCAGAAUUCUUAAGGAACUAUCCCAGUGCCAAGGAGGAAAAAAGGAAAUGUCAAAUUGGAAAACGCCACAGGAAAAUAUGAAAUGUCUUGAAAAGAAUGGAUUCUGAAUCCUUGGAUACUUGUAUCCAGAAUACUCUAUCAACGCUCUAUCCCCCAUUUGAGGCUACAGCAUCCACUGUUCUCUGUCAGGUUUUUGAUGUAGUGGAGAAAACGUACUGCGGUGAUGGAUUGUGCUACCUUAUUGAUUUCCUUGUCCCUGUGAAACACAUUCUGCAGUGCAUUCAACAAGAAGCUUGUUUUCAAUAUUGUGGAUUACUAUUCCGUUAUGAAGGUUGGCCUUUGUGCAUCUCUGAGAAAAUUGUAAUACAGCUCUCUGCACUUGAUUCGCAAAAUUUACAACCUGGUGAUUUCUACUUUCAAGUCAUUCCCUAUUUGAAAAAGGCACCACGUAUUGUAUUAAAAUGCCUUGCAACAAAUGGUUCCAACAUCGAGGAAAUAUUAAUUCCAGAGGUCUCUUAUACUUCUAUCUUUACUAUGGAAUGGUUGGACGAUAUUAACGAGGGACGAAUGGGAACCGCUUUGCAAAAUUGCCUGUUAUCCACUGAUAGCACUAUCCUACGAGUACCUUGGGAAAAGGUAGUAAAUCCAGAACUUAUUGAUAAACCAAAAAUGAUAGGAAACGCAUCAUCAGAAAACUGGAUUGUGAAUCAAGAAGUUGUUGGCAGUAAUCCCACCAAUAUACAAAUCAAGGAUUACAGUGGAGUAGCUGAAAACCCUUCUGAAACAAAUCAAAAUAUAUUUACGAAAGAAAAUGUACUGAAGGCCCAGCAAAUUAAUCUUGAAAAGAUUUUACAUCAUUCUUUAAGUAAUCAUCCUGAUUGUUUAGUUAAUUCCAGAGCUGCAUCUUUAAGAGAACUUGAAGGAGAAUAUGUAGAAAUUAAUCAAUUUUCAAUAAAUGAAAGUGAUUUGUCAUCACAAACAAGCUGUUCAAAUUCAAAAUUCCAAUAUGCAUCAAAGACUAAUAGGUCAUCAGAAGUGACUCCUUUGGAAGUCUUGAAUAUCAGCACUUGCAACAAGGAAUCAAAUUGUUUAAAUUACAAGGAGACUUCUUCAAAUGUAACUUGGCCCAAUUUAGAAAUAAUACCCAACCCAUUUAAUUUUCUUGGUGACAGUGAGACGCUUGAGCAUCAGUCAAUUGCAGAUACUAUGGAAAAGAGAAUGCCACUUCAUGACAAGACUUGUAAUAGUGGUAAAAAUAAAGGAUUUACAAAAGUAGAGCUGUCUUCACCAAUAGAAACUGAUCCUAACCAAAACAAAAUGCAACCGGAGUUUAAUUUUUGUUGUGGAGAUAUGCAUAUGUUAUUUAGUCAGACCACAAAUAGCAUGGAGAAAAACUUAAGCAGCAAACUUUUAGAAUCGGUGAUCUGUAGCCAGACACAGACUUCUGCAGAAGAUUUGCAAGGUGGACAAAUUCACGAUUCUUCUGGGGAUGCAUUAUGUAUACCAUGCAAUAGGAAUAUAAUUGAGAUGAAAACAUGUGAAGACAUUUGUGGAGAAAAUAAAUUGCAAAAACAAAUUCAAAAUAUGCCCAAAUUAAAUGCAAUAGAAUUUGCCCACUGUCAGUUCACACAAGUUAGAGAAUGGGAUGGGGCUUCAACAGUAUUUAUUAAUUCAGAUGAAUUUUUAAAUCAGUUGAUUGACUCUAAAGUAGCUAACACUGAAGAACUUAUAAAUAUUGCUGUCAACACACCAUCCAAGCACAUGCAGCUAUCAGCUAAAAACGUAGAACAAAUAAAGUCAAUGACGCAGCAAUCUGAGUAUUCUGGACAUGUACAAUUUAAUGGUCAGAAUAUUACCCAAAAAGAGCAAUUUAUUAAAAUAAAAUCUCAACCAGAAGAGUAUUUUGUUCAUACAUUUGCUGAUACACAACUGGAUAGCGGUAGAAUCUCUUCAACCCAGUUCUUAUAUUCUGAAAGCACUAUUGACUCUAAUUUAUGUGAAGACUUUGCAGUUGUUGAAUAUACAAAUUAUUUUUCAAAGGACGACAGAAAACAUAAUGUGAUGAAAGUUGAUUAUUUGAUUAAAGAUGGUGAAUCUACAAUUCCCAAAAUGAUUGAUGGCACUGAUGUUACAUUUAUGAAUGAAGAAUUAAAAUCUAGAUUUGCCACCCAUUUGGAGCCAUAUUUAUCAGAGCACAUUGAGUGUGCAGAAAUACACAAAACUGAAUGUAUGGCACAUUUGGAGAGAGAUCACGUCUCUCCUACAGAGGAAAAUGUACAAUUGCACAAAUGUUCUGUUAUCAAAGAACAAACUAGUCAGCAGUUUCAAGUUAGUGCAUUGCAUCAGAUGUCUGAACAUGUGGAACAUGGAAAUGUAAAUUACUUACAGAGUGAAUUUAGCAAACAAAAACACAUUGAUAUUGAAGAGUUGAACUUGACAGAAAACUGUAAUAUAAUACCUGAAGAAGAGCAACAAUCACAAGAAAAUAAAAAUCUAUCUUUAUAUGUUUUGGAAAAGGAGAGCACUGUGCAGAAUGCAUCAGAAUUAAACAUUGUAAAAGAAGGUAAAUGUAAAAAAUAUUCUACUGUUGAAGAGUACUGGUCAAAUGUGGUAACAAUUGAGUCCAGCAUUGCGCAUGCAAGUGGAAUGGUAAUUGACAAGCAUGAAUCAACUUCUGCAAAUGAAGAACGAAAUGAAAACCUACACCUUACUGAUAAAACACACUGGCAAGAUUCAAUCAAACACACUGCUCCCUCAGAAAAUAAAACUUCGGAGGACGUUGAAAAACAAGGAGACUGUCUAAUUGAAAGUAAACUGGAAGGAAUAGUCUCAAUAGCAAAUGACACAUUGGAGAUAGGAAAACAAAGUGUGGAAGAAGAUAAUAUCAAUCUAACAGAUGAACCAUCAAAAAGCUCACCAAUUACACUGUGCAAUGGGAACAGGCUGGAACCGCUGCCAGUUCAACAACAGAAGACCUCAUCGCCCUUAGUCCUAAAAUCUAAUCUGCCGACACUGUCAGUUGAAAUCAACUUUGAUGUUCUGAACUCCGGGGUAGCUUAUUUGAGCGGCACCAGAGACAGAUCUGGCCACGCAGUGGUGAUAAUAACAACAAGGAACACAAUCUGGUUGAACCCACACUGCAACAUCCCUGAACUUGUGCGUCUCCUUAUCUACUUUUAUAGUAUUCUCAGGCACGAAUUCCAGAGUGCAGGACUAACUAUUCUGGUGGAUGCCCGUCGAUGUUCUCCUGUACCAGCAUUAUUUAAAGCAUUCAAUAUUUUGCAGGACACAAUUCCUAACUCUAUCCAUGUUGCUUUGCUGCUGGUUGAAAGGGACAUUGCAUUCCGUUUUGAGAAACCAACUUCCAUGCAGUUUGAACUGCUUACUGCUUUGAAGUCAUUACACAAACAUGUAGAAAACAAUCAGCUGCCACCAGAAUUUGAUGGAACUUCUGUCUACUGUCACAGUAACUGGAUGUGCUUCCGCUUGAAACUGGAACAGCUUAUGCAGGGAUGCAAAGGUGCAAAUAGUUUUAUCCAGAGCAACAUAGAGAGCUUGAGAUCAAAUAGACUACCAGAAACUGCUGAGGAGGCCAGUGUUUUUUUGCAGCAGUAUAAGCAACUAAUGAAGAAUGUACUGGAAGAUGCAAGUUUGGUUAAAUUGCAGCUUGAAGGCGGAUUGAUCAUUGCUCGACUGAGAAAAGAGGAGUUGUAUAUCACUGGAACAGGAAUGUUCAGAGAUACGAUUGAAUCUGUAACAGAAUUGUAUAACAAAGUGGAUGAGGGAAUUCAUCAGCUGGUUAUGUUAUCUAAUAAACGCAUUCAGGAGCUAGAGUUUCUGACAGAGUUUAAAAAAUAUGAAGGAGAGUUUAAGGAGGUGAGUAGCUGGAUCGAGCAGGUUGGAGAGAAGCAACUGGAGAGGAGGAAUCAAUUGGAGGAUUCGCUGGAUCAAUUGCAAACUACACAGGAAGAGUUCAAGAGCUUUUACAAUAUUUCUCAGAGGUAUUGUAGGAAAGGCAGGGAUCUCAUGAAGAAGUUGGAACAGCGGUAUGACUUUAAAUCGUUGGAAUUGCAUGCUUUUGAAAGCAAGCUGCUGGCAUACAAAAAGCAGUUUGGAGAAUUUGCAGAGAACCUGGAUGAAAGCAAACAGAAGAUUGACAAGACUUUAUUGUUAUAUGAAUUUUUUGACAAGGCUUAUGAAUGGGCUCUAGAAGGUAUGAGGUACCUUGCAUGCAUCAGUAUGGAUGACUGCUAUUCGCCAGAACGCUGUGGAUCUGUUGCAAAAUAUCUGGAAAAUCAUCAUUGUCAACAUCCUGAAAUUCCAAAUGAAAAGUUUCAGGAAAUGAAAGAAUUGGCAUGUGAAUUAAAAGAUGAGAAGGGGAUGAAACAAUGGAAGUUUGCUUGGUCCAAAUGCCAAGAGACAAAGCACAUCUUUGAAAAGAAACUAGAAGCUGCUUUGCGGACAAGAAAGUCAUUAUCAUCAGAUCAUAAGCCUUCUGAACUUGAAAGUAUGAGAAAUGAGAGUUUUAGUGUAGGAACCAGGAGACAUUCAGAUGGUGUGGUGUUAAAAUUACAGGGUGCACAAGGUAUGGCAGGUUCAAACAAUAGUGUUUAUUCUCCGAGCAACAGAUCAGCGCAUUGUGGUGCGUGGAAGAAAGACAAAUUCUCAUCACUGUCAUCAGACAUUUGUUAUGGGACCAUAAAUAAUGAGAAAGUUUGUAUAACUGAAACUAUUCCCAGCAAAAAUUCUACUCCUUGUUUCCAGGCCCUUGAACAAAUGGAAGGAAGACUUUGUCCAUCAAUUAAUUGGUCAACACCAGAGGCUUACAAACAACGGCAGAGUAUUGUUGAUAAAGAAGCAAACUGUGAAAGCAAUGUUAACUUUUCUCAUACAAAAUCUAGAUGCUUUUCAGUGCCAGAUGCUCAGAAUCAACAUCAGAAAAAACUACUGCGGAAAGCACAGAGUCUUGACUAUUCACCUAAUGAUACUUUUAGAUAUAAUUCAUGCCAAAGAACUAGUCUUGAAUCAGCAAGGCGUGGAAACACAGGAGUGUUUAUUAAAGGACUUGAAGUGAGCAGCACUGAACUUCAGGAUAGACCUUGCAUCCCUAGGCAGCAACCAUUAUUCAUUUGGACUGAAAACCAAGCAGAAGGUCUCAGAAGUUAUAUUCCCUUACUGGAGUCCAAGGCUAAGGUUAGUAAACUGAGACACAUCAUUGAUGAGAUGGUCACAACAGAACGAGAAUAUGUUAAAUCUCUCAGGUAUAUCAUUGAUAAUUACUACCCAGAGAUGGAGCAUUUUGACCUCCCUCAGGAUCUACGAGGAAAACGAAGUGUUAUCUUUGGAAACCUAGAGAAGCUUUACAACUUCCACAGCCAGUAUUUCCUGAAAGAACUGGAAAGUUGUACUAACCAUCCACUACGUGCAAGCCACUGCUUCCUCAGACAUCAAGACCAGUUUGGCAUGUAUGCAUUAUACAGCAAGAACAAGCCUAAAUCUGAUGCCCUGCUAACCAGCUAUGGGAACAGUUUUUUUAAGCACAAGCAGCAACAACUGGGCGAUAAGAUGAAUUUGGCUUCCUAUCUGCUGAAACCUAUACAGCGAAUGAGCAAAUAUGCCCUUUUACUAAAGGAUUUGAUCAAGGAAUGCACUGAGGUUCAGGAACAGGAGCUGAAUAAUCUCAAAGCAGCAGAAGAAAUGGUUAAAUUUCAGCUUCAACACGGCAAUGAUUUGUUGGCUAUGGAUGCUAUUAGGAAUUGUGAUGUGAACUUGAAGGAGCAGGGACAGCUGGUUCGCCAAGACGAGUUCAUUAUCUGGUCUGGGCGCAGGAAGUAUCUACGACAUGUUUUUCUAUUUGAAGAUCUAAUCCUUUUCAGCAAACCUAAACGAAUUGAUGGUGGAUUUGAUGUCUAUAUCUACAAGUGUUCCUUUAAAACAGCAGAUAUUGGCCUGACUGAAAAUAGCGGUGAGAGUGGAAUAAGAUUUGAAAUCUGGUUUCGGCGUCGGAAAUCUAGUGAUACCUAUAUACUUCAGGCAAGUUCUCAAGAAGUUAAACACACCUGGACAAAAGAUAUAACAAGCAUUUUAUGGCAACAAGCUAACAGAAAUAAAGAGGUCCGAAUGAGGGAAAUGGUGUCAAUGGGAAUUGGUAACAAGCCAUUCUUGGACAUCAAACCAAGUGAAGCUGCAAUCAAUGACCGAGCCAUUGAUUACAUUAUGAAAAGCAGAGGAGCAAGAACCAGGGCUUCAAUUGCAGUGUCGUUAUUUGACCACACAAAUCCGUUUAGAAGGCGACAAAAUAUUUCAAGUAAGGGCAGUCCUUCAGCUGGUGGACCAUCUUCAUCUUCAUUUUUGGGACCUCUUAACCUCCAUAUGUACACCAACCAGGCAUUGCUGUCGGGGGUGAACAAUAUAAUACCUAGUGAAAGCCCAUUUGAUAUCAACGUCUAUCCUGAGGAGGAUGAAAUGGAACAUGAAACAAGCAGUCAGCCUUCCACGACAACUGAAAGCUCAGAGUUGUCUUUCCACUGCGUAUCUGGUAGUGGCUCGAGUGGGUCUGAUAGUGGCUGCAUCUCCAGUCUCCUUCCUGAAAAUCUCUCUGAAGAGACGGGAUCUCCUUCUGAUAUCUCUGCCUCGUAUUCUUUCCUGGAAUCUAAGCACAGCUUUUAUACACCUUCUCCAAAGCAAGACAAACCUCAAUUCUCAAAUAAUCAAUAUAUGCCAAUGCAGAAAUCCGAUCAAAUUACGCUUGGUCCAUCCACAACAGUGUAAGAGUAGUGUUCCACAGCUUGCCUUGACAAUAUUUGAUACAGAUGUCAUGUUCCACUUGUAACAGAAAGGCAAAGGUAACUCUUUAAAUAACUGGUGAAGAGCAACUUUCCCGAGAUGUUGGUGCCCAAAAUAGAACCUGGUACCUCUUAGAAACGAAUGUAGAUUUAUGUGUGAUGACAUAAUGAUGGUAACUUGGAACACAGUUUAAUGCAUACACUUUGAAUUUCAGUUUUGCUUUAAGAUGUUUGCAAAUUUGAAAGUGUAACAUUAAUGCAUUACCUAAAUUGUAUAAUUAGACAAAUUGUGUAAACUUGUUUUUUUUUUAAUCUGUUUGAUAAAGGUUCGGUAGAUCAACAAUUUACUUGGGCACUGUUAGCCAUUUCUAAUGUUUUGCAUAAGCUGUUUGUAGAUAAUAUUUAGUAGGAUACUAAAAACAUUUGUUGAAUAAUGUUUGCUUUUCACACAGGCUAAAAGAUUUAGAUACAUUGCUCAUUGACCAAUAUUAAUAAUAAAACAAAAGUGAGAACUUUCUAGCCCCUAUUCAGUGGUGUAACAUAAUGCUAAGUUAUAGUUUCUAUAAUAUCUGUAAAUAUUGCACUUAGCCCAAAUGCUGUUAUUGUUUUAAGUUGGUAUGGAGGAAUAAAAACGUUGUUCUAACUACCAGAAAAACAGAAAUUACUAGUGCCAUUGGUUAUUACUUAAGUCUGAGGGAAAAUAACAUUGAGUUAAUUUACUGGUAAGAAUGUACAUGUGUUAUCCAGUUUUGUUGAGAACAUACUUUUACAUUUGUGUAUUAAAUAUUGAAAAUCUAAAGUGGCUUUGAUUUUACAUUGUUUGAACUUUAUUUAUGCCACAGUAAGCAAUAUUUUAUGCAACAUGACAUCAAACAUAUUGAGUCAUUAUAAAUGAAUAAAAGAAUAACAUUGCAAACA